AUGAAGUUUGGAUGUAUAUUGGAGACUAGGGUAAAGGAAAAGAAAGCCGAGAAGAUAUUGAGUUCAGAGUUUAGAGAUUGGUCUGCUAUAACUAACUACGAGCAUAGCGGAGGAGGUCGGAUCUGGCUGCUCUGGAGGGAAAGAGUUUGUAUGACUCCGGUUUUCAAAACGGAUCAACUGAUCACUUGUUCUGUUGUGUUACAAGAUGAGGAGGAGUUCUUAUGCUCUUUUGUAUACGCAAGCAAUGAGGUAGAAGGUAGGAAGGUGCUGUGGGAAGAUCUUUGUCAUCACUCUAACUCACCCAUGUUUCGCAACAAAGCGUGGAUGAUUAUGGGAGAUUUCAACGAAAUUCUUGAAGGAGAUGAGCAUUCUGGGUUCUCAAAUCUGGCAAGUCUACCGAAUGGCAUGGGAGAUUUUCAGCAGAUGGUACUCCACUGUCAACUCUCUGAUAUGGGUUACCAAGGUCCGAAGCUCACUUGGUGUAACAAGAGAGAAGAAGGACUAAUCUGUAAGAAACUCGACCGGGUAUUGUUAAAUGAUGUGGCGCUGCACAGAUUCACUGGCGCUUACUCCGUGUUCGAACCGGGAGGUUGUUCUGAUCACAUGAGAUGUAAGAUUCAGCUGAUUCAGCCUAAGGAGAAAAUUCAGCGGCCUUUCAAAUACGUCAAUGCCAUAGGGAGACUACCCAACUUUCUUCCUAUGAUACAUGCAUAUUGGGACUCGACUGAGAAGAUGUUUCACUCCACAUCGGCAAUGUAUCGUUUUUCAAAGAAGCUUAAGAACCUGAAGCCUCUUAUCAGGGAUCUAGGCAGAGAGAAGCUUGGUAACCUCUCCAAAAUAUCGGAAGAAGCACAUGUCAUCCUCUGUGAGAAGCAGAAGCUAACCUUAUCUGCUCCUAGUACCGAGGCGAUCCAGGAGGAAGCAGAGGCUUAUGAGAAGUGGCUUCAUGUAGCGGAGUUAGAGGAGGAUUUCCUAAAGCAGAAAUCUAAACUGCAUUGGUUGGAGGUGGGAGACCAGAACAAUAUGAACUUCUAUAACUCCAUUCGAACAAGACAAGCACAAAACACCAUGCGGGAGAUCAAGUGCCCUGAUGGAAGUGUGGCUAAAAGUCAUUCCGAGAUCAAGACUGAGGCAGAAAGAGGAUUGGAGGCGGAGGUCUCAGCGGAGGAGGUCAAGGGGGUGCUGUUCGCUAUGCCCUCUUAUAAAUCCCCAGGUCCUGACGGCUUCUCCAGUGAAUUUUACAAGACUGCUUGGUCUGUGAUAGGUGAGGACUUUAGAGUUGCAGUCCAAUCUGUGUUCAAGAUGAGUUUCCUCCCCAAAGGAGUUAACUCAACCAUCCUAGCCCUUAUACCCAAGAAGACAAAGGCUUUGGAGAUGAGGGACUAUAGACCCAUUGCGUGUUGCAAUAUGAUCUAUAAAGUAGUGUCGAAAAUCCUUGCUAAUCGUCUCAAGGUAAUUCUCCCGAGGAUAAUUCUAGCCAACCAGUCUGCGUUUGUGAAAGGAAGGCUAUUUAUGGAAAAUGUACUACUGGCCUCUGAGAUUGUGAAAGAUUACCACAAGGAUUCGAUCUCCCCACGGUGUGCGAUGAAACUCGACAUUUCAAAGGCUUUUGACUCCGUCCAAUGGUAUUUUCUUCUCAACUGUCUAGCUGUAAUGGGGUUCCCUAGCAAGUUUAUCCACUGGAUCAGGCUAUGCGUCACCUCCCCUUCGUUCUCGGUUCAAGUUAAUGGCGAUCUUGCCGGGUACUUUCAAACUGCAAGAGAUAAGAAGUUUGCCCUUCACCCCGGCUGUCAGUCCAUUGCUCUCACACACCUUUGUUUCGCUGACGACCUCAUGGUGUACGUAGAAGGGACCAAGGAGUCAGUAGAAGGAGUACUCUUGGUAUUUGACGAGUUCGCAGUAUGGUCGGGCCUUUCUAUCAGCCUGGAAAAAUCUACUAUCUACUUGGCAGGCACUGCAGAAGGGGAAAAGCGAAGGAUCUUGACAGAUUUCCCUUUUGCGGAGGGAGAGCUCCCUGUUCGGUAUUUGGGUCUUCCUCUUCUAACUCAAGCUAUGAAAAACAAGACUAUCUACCUCUCCUUGAGAAGAUCAGAGGUCGUAUUUCCACCUGGACGAGCCAUUUUCUCUUCUAUGCGGGCCGGUGCAUUUCGACUCCCAAGCAGUUGCAUCAAGGAGAUAGAGCAGCUAUGCUCUGCGUUCCUUUGGACUGGGCCGCAGUUGAAGUCCACAGGUGCAAAAGUCGCAUGGACAGAGGUCUGUAAGCCUAAGUCUGAAGGUGGGUUGGGGAUCAGACCUCUAAAAGAAGUGAAUCAGGUCUAUGGUUUGAAGCUCAUAUGGAGAAUGUUCACGGGUAAGUCUCUUUGGGGCAAAUGGAUUCAAACCAAGCUUCUAAAAACGAAAAGUUUCUGGGAGAUCAGUGGGAAAACCCAAGCUGGAUCUUGGAUAUGGAGGAAGAUACUGAAGUUGAGAGAGGUGGCAAAGAGUUUUCACACGAAGGCAGUGGGUAAUGGUCGACAUACCUCAUUCUGGUAUGACAAGUGGUCUGGUUUGAGCGUGUUGUCUGAUUUAUUGGGUGAUCGAGGCACAAUUGUUAUGGGAAUUAGGAAAGCAGCCACAGUGGAGGAUGCCUUUCAGUCACUACAGAGGAAAAGACGACAUCGUGGAUCCGUCCCCAAUGACAUUGUUAAGGAAUUGGAGAUUAUCAAAGCAAAGCAACUGAAUGACGCGGAGGAUGUUGAUCUGUGGAGGUGGAGCUCAGGGUUUAAACCAAAGUUCUCAACCCGCGAGACUUGGACGCUAUUGAGAGAGCCUACUGCACAAUGCCCUUGGGAGAGGAGUGUUUGGUUCCCUCAGGCCACUCCAAAGUUCUCCUUCAUGACUUGGAUUGCGAUGAGAGACAAGCUAUCUACAAUGGAUCGUGUAGCUAGUUGGAGUCAAGGAGUAGAUACCACAUGUGUCCUGUGCAAAUCUGUUCCUGAAACGAGAAACCAUCUCUUCUUUGAGUGUAGUUUCUCCUCGAAGAUAUGGGAUCACCUUACUAAAGGGAUACUUCAACACUCUUACACUCAGGACUGGGCGGGUAUUGUAGGGCUGGUCUCUGACUCGAGAAUGGUAAAGAAGAAGCUCUUCUGUCUUCGAUAUGCAUUCCAAGCGGCUCUAUACACGCUUUGGAGAGAGCGUAACAAGCGGAGACAUGGAGAACAGGGGACGCCUAUACAAGUCUUGAAAAAACUGUUGGAUAAAGCCGUCCGCAAUAAGCUCAGCAUUGUACAGACUAAAGACCUGAAGGGACUAGAUGGUCUUCUUCAAUUCUGGUUUGAGACUAGAAUGUAA